AUGGCAUACGUCGGCGUCGAGCUGGAUGAUUUCGAGCCUGAAAGUGCGCGAUCCACAGACGACAGACUCGAUCAAUCCUCAAUGAAAACUCUUCUGAGUUCCAAGAUACAGGGAGGAGAUUAUACACCUACUUCCAGUAUUCUCCAUUGGACGCAUCGCCGUUCUGUCAAAUAUUUAUGGCGAUCAUUCCGAUCCAAUACGAAACGGUUCUUUACCCAAGGCUUUGCAGAGCUCGGAAUACCCAAUUGGCGCCACAAUGUCUGCCAGUGUGCUAUUCUCAUAUGGCCAUUACUGUUCAUUGGCGCUCUAGUGUCUAUAUUGCCAGUCAUCACAUCCAAAAGGCUUUUCCGCGAUACAGACGCGUGUCAACCGGACUCUGGGUUCUCGGUUGGCUACGGCACUUAUAACAUCUGGUCGCUUGCAGGAUUUUUUCAGAUAACACUGGGGUUUGGCCGACUAUCCUUCUCAGCGGCCAAAGCUCUCACCGUCUCCUGGGAUAUUAUCCUCGGACGCGGCGGCCAGGCGCUUAUGGUGUGGGUAUCUUACAUUGUGUACUCCAAAGCACUCGUUCGAUCAAUGGAGUCGUCGCCGGUGACCUAUGGAUCUUUCGAAGCAAUUACCUUACAAGGUGGCACACUGGUCUCUCUACUUAAACUCAGCCGUGACUUUGUCACGAAUAGAACUCUUCGGGCAAGACUUGCUAUGGCAUGGAUGAUUGUAUCAGGCAUCUUCGUGCUCGCAUUCCAAACCUUGAUCAGUGCCAUGGCGGGAUAUACCGCGAACAUCGAGUCCUACGUUCAACUGCCAUCCGGAAGCAUGGAGCCGUAUUCGUCCUUCAGCACAGUACGAUACAUCAUCCACGACGCGCAUCGCAUCAAUGACAGCCUCACAAGGGAUUUUAUGGUCAGGACGAGUCACGCUCAAUACGGCGACACUGUGCAUUUGGGAUACGGUGAUGCCGAUGCUUGUGAACUUCAGUGGUAUCCACGUGAUACAUCUGAGUACAGCAACAGCACGGUGCUGGAAUGGUCUGAUGCCGCCGACCCUUGGGGGAUUUGCGAUUUUUACUGGCAUGUUUCCGAAUACGGCUUCAAAUAUGGCUUUCUCGGCUUGAACAACGUCAGCUCGACAUUCAACAACAGCGGAAAAAUCAUCCACCUCGACCCGCCGACUUUGGACAUCAGGGCAAUUUUCUGGAACGAGGCCUGGCUCUCGGAUAUGAACGAGACGAAGUGGUACUACUGGCCCUAUGGUUUCAACUGGGAGACUCCGUCCGGCGACCGUCCCUUUCACAACACGAGCACGAGUCCCAUAUUCAGUGACGGCGAAUACAGUUACGACCUGGAAGACCUCAACCUGAACGGAAAAUGUCAACAGCUUGACACGAGCUACAAGUGGGGCUUUUCGUUCCUGGUGCUGUUUAAUGUCAUCAUGACUUUUACCGUUUGGUGUCUCGGCAUGUACAUACUUUGGCUGGACGCCUGGUUGAAUUCGCGUUUCGAUCGAGCAGGACGGACCAUGGGCCUCCACCGUGCUGUUCUGGACCUGGCUGCCUGCAUGAACCAAGACGUUGACGAGGGUGGCAGAGAGAUGAUGUCCAAUGGGGAAUUGCACGACAAGAUCCGCAAAGGGCUCAACGGUGGACAGAUCACGUAUGAGAUGCUGGACGAGAAGUGGCUCCCCGUCAGUCGUCGCGCGGUUCUCGACCUGUGGUGGCUCGACAAGAAACAGGAAUGGCCCGGGAAAAGGGAGAAGAUGAGGCGAUUUUGGCCCGAGACGAAGAGGCGUUGGCAAGAGACGAACAAGAAGGAGUUUUUGAAGCGAUGGAUCCCGGCACACAAGUACACGUUGGCGUUGUUCCUGUGCUCCCUGGGGUUCCUGGCAGCCGCCCUGGCCGGGACGCACGCCCCUCUGUCCACGGCGAUGUUGACCGUCGCGGGGUCAGCCACGGCGCUUUUCAUGGACGAGGCCCCCAAAGGCAAAUGGGUCGUGUUUUUGUUCUGUGCCGCGUGGGGGGCCAUCCUGAUACCGGUGGGACCGUUUGUCUACCUGGACAAACAUCACUACGCUCUCUUGUGGGGGACGCACGAUGCUUACGCGAAACUUCAUUGGUGGUAUAACGAGUGA